UCUAAUUCCUUUUGCAGUUCUUUUCUAGCUUUGUUUUAUUUUUAUUCACAUGUUUUGAGCAUUUGAUUUACCCAUGGCUGAUGACAAAAGGCAACAAAAAUCAAAGCAGCCUCGCACAUCUCCGUUGGGCCUCUCGCCCAAGGAUUUGGCAAGCACUAUACCCAUGCUCCUGUGGAAACUAGGCGUGGCUCUGGGCUGCAAUAGUGCCAAGUUGGAACAUGGGAAAGCGUUCAUCAAACCGGAAACUCGUAUGAAAAUCAAACUUAACGAUUUUCGGCAACGCUUCAAGCAAUUGCAGUCAACGGAGGAUGUGCAAGAGCAACGUCUUCAAGAGCAUCGCUAUAAGCUCUUUCUGCAUCUGUAUCGGUUGCUGUUGCGCGUCGAGCCCAACGAAACGAAACGUCAGCAAUAUCUAGCAUUUUGCUAUCAUCUUUUCGAUGAGGAAAAGCCGCCGAAAAUGCAGCUGGAUGGCAAACUGAAAUAUCAGGAAGACUUGACGGAAACCCUCAUUUCCUUAGCCCAAAAGGUGCUGCAUCUAAAUGAGAAGCAACUGCUCGUUGGAAGCUCGUCUAAAGUAAAAACUCACGACGUUUUUCAACUGAGUUUUUCCACUGGGCAAUGUAAAUUUGCAAUAGUUCGCUGUCGGGUCAAGGGCUUGCGCUGGGAGCUGGCAGUCUGCGAGAAAAGUUAUGGUCGAUCGAAUCGAAAUACCAUGGACGAACGGAGGCUGCUCAGAGAUAAGGAAUUGAAAGUCAUUUUUAAGGCACACUCGAAGAGUCAGGUACAAUCCUCAGAUACAAUGACUCACGAGGAUCUCCAUGCUCAGCUGCGAGGCUAUUCAGAUGUGCGGGAACUAAAAGCUGCUGAGCAAAAUGCGAAUUCUUUGAGCCUCCCAAGGGAUAGGUGUGAGGCGGGCACUCAGUUUAUGGAGCCUGUUCAGACUGUUGCGAUAUUCCAAAACAGCAAGAGCAUCAAUGAGACCUCUGAGGUCGGCUGCCAGUUCACAGAUCCCAUUAUAUAUGUGGUAUCGAAUAAGUCCCAACAAACGGAAUCUUCGGCCACGCAGCUGGAUCAAGGCGUUCAAACUUAUCUGAAUGCACGCAGUGCAGAUAUUGCGACAACUACCGAUGAUUUGACGAUGACGAAGGCCGAGCUCUCGCCAACAUCUAUCGAGCUACAUGGAACAUUACCCACUGGAUCGAUAAGCACGCCAGAAUCGAUAGCAACAAAUUAUUCAGGCGAUUGCAGGCAGAAUACAUCGUCACUGAACAGAUUGCGACAACAUUUCAUACUGACAACAUCUGAAGAGAUACUGCCAGAAAUCGUGUACAGGUCAAUACCGGAAGAGCAAGCGAACGACAGCUCGAGAGUGCAGCAUAAAUCGAUAAGCUCUUCGACACCGCCGCAAAAAAGUGCGCCACCAAACGAGGAAUUUAAAGAUUGGAUUAUCACGGAAUCCGAAGAAAUGUUGCCAGAAAUCAAUGAGACAAUAAUGCAUCAACAGUUUGCACCGAGUGUGUUGAUAACACAGGGCACCUUGCUGGCCUCUGAACCGAACCUUAGUGCGUAUUCGUCGACAGAAAAAUUCAUUACGCAAGCUGAUACAAAAAUCGAUCAGCCUCCAAUAUCAGUUGAACGAGAAUCAACUCCUUUAAUAAAAUAUUCAAAGGAAAUGAUUAGCGAGCCGAUAACAGCGCAGCACUUGACACCUAAAGAGGCUUUAAUACCAAUCGAUCACUCAGUCGAUCUAACGUUGAACACUGAGAAAGCUUUAAAAAAGGACGUGCUAUUGAACACAGAGCAAAAACCUCUUAACGAUACUCUUGGCAUGCUAGUGUUAACCACGGAAAUGCUUGCGAAAAUCCAUAGCCAGCUGGAUCAGCUGAAAAUGAUGCCGAAUCGAUCGAUAGCAGAAGAAUCGAUAAAUGUCAAUUACGUAGAGCCAUCUCUGCCUGCUUCAACCAAAAGGCAACAACAGCUGAAAACUGAGAAAUCUAUUAAACUGACGGCAGUUACCGACUCACCGAUAAGUCACGAAGCGUUGAAGGCUGAUAAUGCAUCGAUAACACAGCCAGACAAGGCUCCAAAUAUGCAAGAGCUCGUAGAUCCGCUUACGUCGAAUACUGAUUUACCGUUAAAAGGGACCCCAGUCAUGUUGGCAAAUAGCCAGGAAACUAAAGGAGAAUCUAAGGCAAGUCAUCUAGAAAUCAAUCUGUCGAUAAAUCCGCAAGAUUUAAUACUCGAAAGCCAAUCUAAUCAAACUUUGCCUUUGAAAGUUUCCCAGAGUUCCAUGACUCAAGCCAUGCCACAAGAUAAUGAGUUAGCCUCUGAUAGACAGAUCAGUGAGGAAUACCCAUUGUCCGACUCAUACAAGUGGCCGACGGAACUGGAAACUGAAGAAAAGCCAAAGCAAACUUUGACAGCGAUCAAGAAGCCGCUAAAGCACGAUUACCGAUCGAUAACUUUAGAUAGCUCGCAAAGAUCGGAGCCAUUCACUGAUACACAGAGCGCAAUAUUUAAGAAAAUCAAGAAAUUCAUAAGAAUCGUGCAGCCAACAGAUCAGCUGAUGAGAGAGACAAGCGAGGACGGACGGACGGACAACCAACUAGAGACUACAGAAGACUCUGCGAAAAUCGUGUCCGCAAGCCAAGAGUCGAUACCCAAUAACCAAUCGAUAUCAAAAAGUGGAUUUACAUUUUUGAAAGUUUCCGAAAACGUCAACAGCCCAGACAUUGCCACGUUAACAGCGGCCGCUCAGCCAGCGACUGCUGCUCUACCUAGAUGGCAGCAUCAGCGCCACGUCAUAGCUGCAUCGCACUUCAUUAUCAAGCAAUUCAAAUGCAAUCCCGCCUAUCAGUGCUCUCCUCUGCAGCCCGAUGCGCCCGAUUUCUAUGAGCAGUGGAAGCAGUUCCAUGAGAUUGUGGCACCACAGGCCAACUCGACCAUCAAUGUCGCUGCUAUCAAGAGGCGCCUCAAGACAUAUUUGCGCUGCGUGCGCAAGCAAUAUUUAUACCAGCCGGCGCAGUGCAUGGCAGCGGUCGGGAAGUGCCAGCUGCAGCAGCUGCUCACCAAGGAGGAGCUGCAGCAAUACGAGACUCUGCGCUGGCAGCAUCGCGAUCGUGGCUUGGCCGUGGAGCUGUCACCGGAGGAUCGACUGCGUGAUGCGCUGCACGCCCUCCUGGGCUAUGAGUGCCAGCAGCUGCGCGCCUCGGCGCUGGGUCCACGCCUGAUGCUCCGUUCGCCACAUCAUCAGCAGAACAUAAGUGAGUCCUACUUGCUGCUCGCCCUUGCCGAGGUGGGCUACUACUACAGAUGCCUGCAGCAGCAGCAGGAGCAGCUGCAGCAACUCUGCGAAUGUGGCCGUGCCCUGAUGCCGUGCCUCAUCGUCGAGCUGCACGAGUAUUCGCGCUUCUAUCAGCGCCAAAUGGAGCAGCCAACAAGUCUCAUUCAGUUGUUCUAUCAGACGCGCUGCUACGUGCAUCGCUUUCAGUGGCUGCUACAGCUGUGCGGUGGCCUGAGCCGUCAGCAGUCGCCGCUGCUGUAUCUGCAACAUCAGCUGGGCAUAGGCAGCGCCGAUUAUGAUAUGCUGCUCAAGAACUGGUUACAAGCCGCCGCUGCGCCGCUGCUGACAAGGAUUAGGAACUGGCUACAGCUCGGCGUGCUGCCGGCCACUGAGUUCUUCAUUGUGGAACACGCUGAGUGUCCAGUGGAGCGCUACUGGCUGCAGCAAUUUGAGCUGCUGCCACAGCAAUUGCCGCACUUUCUAAGCAUGCAGCUGGCCCAGCAGCUAUGCUCAGCUGGCCGGAAUCAACACUUCGCGCGUCAAUUUCUGGGCAGCCAGCUGAGGCUGGCGACGCCGGCGACCGAGCUGGAGCAGCAGCUGACGGCGGCCUGUGUCAGCAGCUUUCGGGAGCUGGACGCGCAGCCGCUGGGCGAGCUAAUGGGCACGCUGCAGCUGGAUACAUCGCGGCAGCUGUUCAGACAGCUGCAGCAGUUGCAUCCCAGUCCCUUGGAGCUAUUAAGUCGCCUACAUCAAUAUUUGCUGCUAACGGACGUGGAGUUUGUGCGCGAGAUGAUUGAGCUGCUGGAGCCGGCAUUGGAACAGCCCGUCGAGUGCUACAGCACCCGACAGCUCAACAACAUGCUGGAUCAGCUGCUGUGCGCGUUUAACAAGCCGCUCUAUGUGGCCAAAGGGGACCAGCAGGGCACUCACUGCUGGUGCUGCUUUCUGUUGCGCUGGCAUCAGCCGAAUCACUGGAAAGCCCUGCUGGGUGAACGCCUCGGGCAGUACGAGUCGGGCUUUGCCUGCCUCUGGCAAUUGCACUAUGCGGACUAUGUGCUCAACGAGCGCAUUCGACGGCAACAGUCGCAUUUUUGGGAGCGCAUCAAUUUGUGGCAAUCGCCGGAGGCGCGACAGGUGAGGGAUCGCUUCGAUCAGUUCAUCGAUAGGCUGCAGGACUUUAUGCUGAAGUUGCGCUGCUAUAUGCUCGAGAAUGUGCUGGACAGCGCCUAUGAGGAGCUCUCCCUGGGCUACAGUGCAGUGAAGACUCUGGACGAACUGCUGCAACGUCAUGGCCUAUAUAUGGAUAGGAUUCUGAAAGGGCUCUUGCUAAGCAGUGAUUACUCCCGGCUGCGUCUGCUCUUGAUGAGGCUCUAUGAACUCAUCUUCCAGCUGGAUGUGAUGCAGCAGAAGUUUCUAUCGAACUGCCAGGUCUUCUCUGCGGUUGACAUGUCGCAACGGCUGCAGGAGCAGCGCAGCUACUGUCAGAGCACCUGCCAUGCCAUACACGAUCUGGAACAGGACUUUCAAUUGGUUUUGGCCAACUUGUUGCUGGGCCUCUAUAACACCAAUGAGGCGCAGUUCUGCGCCUUGGCCAAGAAAUUGGAUCAAAGCGGGUAUUACGAGCACCGUUACAAAGAAUUGAAAAUCGUGCACACUUUUCGCUAUCAACGAAAAUUCAAAAUUCCAAAGAAUCCUUAAUUGGCAGACUCAGAAAUCGAACAUGAAUCC